AUUUAUAUUUAUUAAAAAAAAAAAGACACAAAUCUAAAAGGCCGUUAUUAUAUAAAUUCAGCUUCAAAAAAUAAAAAAAACGAAACCCUCUCUCUGAACUGAAUAUCGCAAAUACAGUGCUUCUUCCUCUCUUUUCUCUCUCUCAAACCAAAAGGGUUUGAUUGAACAAAGCUUGAUAAGGCAAACAUGUCUCUGAGGCCGAGCGCGAGGACGGAAGUCCGGCGAAACAGGUACAAAGUGGCAGUCGAUGCCGACGAAGGUCGCAGGCGGAGGGAGGAUAACAUGGUUGAGAUCCGUAAGAGUAAGCGUGAAGAGAGCUUGCAGAAGAAGCGUCGUGAGGGCCUUCAAACCCAGCAAUUCCCUAUUUCGCCUCACCCUUCCAAUAUUGACAAAAAGUUGGAGAGUCUGCCUUCGAUGAUUGCUGGGGUAUGGUCAGAUGAUAAUACUAGUUUGCAACUCGAGGCAACUACGCAGUUUCGGAAACUGCUUUCUAUUGAACGAAGCCCUCCAAUUGAAGAGGUAAUCCAAUCUGGGGUUGUUCCUCGAUUUGUCCAGUUUCUUGACAGAGAUGAUUUUCCACAACUUCAGUUUGAGGCAGCUUGGGCUCUCACAAACAUUGCUUCGGGGACUUCAGAGAACACCAAAGUGGUAAUUGAUCAUGGGGCAGUUCCAAUUUUUGUUAAGCUACUUGGUUCUCCGAGUGAUGAUGUUCGUGAGCAGGCUGUGUGGGCAUUGGGAAAUGUUGCUGGUGACUCCCCAAGAUGUCGUGAUCUUGUCCUUGGACAUGGAGCUCUGAUUCCAUUGUUGGCGCAGUUGAAUGAGCAUGCAAAGCUGUCCAUGUUGAGAAACGCAACUUGGACACUGUCAAACUUUUGCAGAGGCAAACCACAGCCUCCUUUUGAUCAGGUAAGACCAGCACUUCCAGCUCUGGAGCGACUAGUUCAUUCAAAUGAUGAAGAAGUCUUGACAGAUGCCUGCUGGGCAUUAUCAUAUUUGUCAGAUGGUACAAAUGACAAAAUUCAAGCUGUGAUUGAGGCUGGUGUCUGUCCGCGACUUGUGCAGCUUCUUCUACAUCCAUCCCCUUCAGUGCUCAUUCCUGCACUUCGCACAGUUGGAAAUAUUGUGACAGGAGAUGACAUUCAAACUCAGUUUAUCAUCAGCAGUGGUGCACUGCCAUGCCUUAUGAGUUUGUUGACCCAUAAUCAUAAGAAGAGCAUCAAGAAGGAAGCUUGCUGGACUAUCUCAAACAUUACUGCUGGAAACAAAGAACAAAUACAGGCUGUUAUUGAAGCGGGUUUAAUUGGCCCUCUUGUCAACCUGCUUCAAAAUGCUGAGUUCGAUAUAAAGAAAGAGGCUGCUUGGGCAAUUUCAAAUGCUACUUCUGGUGGUACAUCGGAGCAAAUUAAGUACCUGGUCAGUCAGCAAUGUAUAAAGCCAUUGUGUGAUCUCCUUAUCUGCCCAGAUGCAAGAAUAGUCACUGUCUGUUUAGAAGGGUUGGAGAACAUUUUGAAGGUUGGGGAAGCUGAGAAGAAUCUGGGAAAUAGUGGAGAAGUGAACUUAUAUGCCCAGAUGAUUGAUGAUGCUGAGGGUUUAGAAAAAAUUGAAAAUCUUCAGAGUCAUGACAACACUGAGAUUUAUGAAAAAGCAGUAAAAAUUCUCGAGACUUAUUGGUUGGAGGAGGACGAUGAGGCAUUACCUCCAGGUGAUGCUUCCCAGCCAGGCUUCCGCUUCGGGGGGAACGAGCUUCCAGUUCCAUCUGGUGGAUUCAACUUCGGCUGAAGAAAUUCAGGAUCACAUGGAGCAGAAGUUACACCAUGAUGGUGAUGUUGGGGUCGGGUUGAGUCGGGUUGGGUUGGGUCAGGUCAGGCAUCUCGCCGUGUCGUCGGGUUCCAGUCUGUCCAGAGUCCAUAUGUGGUCAAAGAGGUGCCGAGGUAAGUCAGUCAUGCCAUCGUGACCAAAUAACAUGGGGUUGGUGGGUUCAAUGGUGGCAUGACCGUCUGAGUUUGCAGCAUUCCUUUUUUAAAGGCUGCGCAGUACCAAUGACAUAUGGAAGUGUCUAAAACUCUAGGCCUACUGUAGCAUAAACAGGGUUCUAUUCCACUUUAUCAGUGUGUGUGCUAGUGGAGAUUUCUUGAUUGUGCCGGUGGGAUCUUUUUUCAUCUCUUUUCAUUGGAGUCGUCAUUAUAAUUUUCUACAAGAGUCGGGAUUUUUUGCUUCUUUUUUUUUUGGGGGGUGGGCGGUUGAAGUACGAGAGUCGGGAUUUGUUUUCUUUUGAGUGAGUAUAGUAUUUUAUAUAUAUAUAUAUAAAAAAUUAAACAUGUUUCUGUCUUGUUUCAAGGAAAGAAAUAGUAGUGUUUUUUGGUUUAAAAUUAGUUUUUUUUUGGUGAUAAUUGUAGUUAUCUAUUGAUUCAAACGAUUUCUUAAUUUUUAUUCUGUUUUGUUUCUACUAAA